AUGGUUCUACCCCAGCCUGAGCCCAUUGCCAUUGUAGGUAGCGGCUGUCGGUUUCCAGGUAGCUCAAGUUCCCCUUCAUCGUUAUGGAACCUCUUGGAGAAGCCGAGGGAUGUGUCUAAAGAGCCUUCUAAUGAGAGGUUCGAGUUACGGGGCUAUUACCACCCCAAUGGAGCUCACCAUGGAACGAUGAAUGUGCAGCGCGCAUACAUGCUCGAUGAGGAUGUUAGCACAUUUGACGCCACAUUUUUUAAUAUCAGCCCUAAUGAGGCUGAAUCCAUCGAUCCCCAACAGCGGUUGCUGAUGGAAGUGGUAUACGAGGCUUUGGAAGCCGGUGGCCAUCGUCUCGACAGGCUCCGUGGAUCAGACACUGCCGUCUAUGUUGGUACCAUGUCUGUCGACUAUAACGACAUCAUGUUGCGGGAUAUCAACAGCAUACCCACAUACUUCUCUACUGGCACUUCCCGGGCUAUCCUUGCGAACCGCGUUUCUUACUUCUUCGACUGGCACGGUCCGUCAAUGAGUAUUGAUACCGCAUGCUCCUCGAGUAUGGUUGCGCUGCAUCAGAGUGUACAGGCACUGCGGUCAGGGGAGUCUCGGGUAGCAAUUGCCGGUGGUACCGAAUUACUGUUAGGACCAGAGCAAUUUGUGGGUGAGAGCAAAAUGAAUUUACUGUCACCAACUGGGCAGUCGCGCAUGUGGGAUGCCAGUGCGAACGGAUACGCCAGGGGUGAUGGUAUCGCAGCGAUUGUGCUCAAGAAACUCAGCGAUGCCAUUGCUGAUGGAGACCACAUUGAAUGCCUCAUUCGCCAGACAGGGAUUAAUCAGGAUGGCAAAUCCACUGGUCUGACAGUUCCAAGCUCAGAGGCUCAGGCAGACCUCAUCAGAUCGACGUAUACCAAGGGCGGGCUGGAUAUUGAUAAUCCGCGAGAUUGGCCGCAGUUCUUCGAGGCUCACGGCACGGGUACCAAAGCUGGUGACCCCCGCGAGGCUUCUGCAAUCAGCCAAUGUUUUGGAAGCCAGCCAAUCCACGGAAACCCCCUAUAUGUUGGAUCCAUCAAGACUAUCAUCGGGCAUACAGAAGGUACAGCAGGAUUGGCUGGUGUUAUCAAGGCUUCUUUAGCCAUACAGCACGGUAUAAUCCCCCCUAACAUGCUCCUCCAUCAGCUAAACGACGAGGUUGCGCAAUAUUGUGACAAUCUCCGCGUCCCCAAUUCUCCAACAGCAUGGCCUGAGUUGCCAGAUGGUGUGCCUCGAAGAGCGAGCGUGAACAGUUUUGGCUUUGGCGGCACCAAUGGACACGCCAUUUUGGAGGAAUACCAGCCGCCCACAGAGACAAGGAAUACCGCGAUCGCAGGAAGUGAUGAAAAAAGCGCGUCUGUGUUCAGGAUCUUCCCGUUUUCCGCAGCCUCCGAAGAGUCCCUAACUGCGAAUCUCCGCGCUUAUGCUACCUCUCUGAAGACUCAGACCACUGUCGAUCUGGCUGACCUAGCCUGGACGCUCCAGUCGCGCAGGUCGGCUCUGCCCUUCAAAACAUCCCUGACUGCGGAGAGUAUAGAAAGUCUGGUCUCCAAGAUUGAUAGCACAGUUGAAAAAGCUAAGGCAAACACUGGAUCAAAUGUUGGUACGCGAUCAGCUCCCACCAAGCCCAAAGUAUUGGGUGUCUUCACUGGACAGGGAGCACAGUGGGCGACAAUGGCUGCUGGUCUGAUCCGAACCUCAGAGACUGUGCGACGGAAGAUCGAGCAGCUUGAUAACUCUCUCGCAACGCUGCCUGAAGCCGACCGCCCGACGUGGCGAAUCGCGGACCAGCUUUGCGCAGGCGCCGAAGCUUCCCGACUCAAUGAAGCUGCCCUCUCACAACCCCUUUGCACAGCCAUCCAAGUGGUAUUGAUUGAUCUACUACGAAGCUCUGGAAUCACCUUCGAGGCUGUCGUAGGCCAUUCAUCGGGUGAGAUUGCAGCCGCGUACGCUGCCGACUUUAUCUCUGCCCACGACGCUAUACGCAUUGCCUACUACAGAGGCGUAUAUGCUAAACACGCCCGUGGUCCCAAGGGCCAGAAGGGUGCCAUGAUGGCAGUUGGAACAACUUGGGAGGAUGCAGAAGAGCUCCUCAAUUUACCGGCGUUCAGGGGGCGCGUCAAGAUUGCUGCUCAGAACUCAGCCGCUAGUCUAACGCUCUCCGGCGAUAUUGAGGCUCUCUCACACGCCAAGAGAGUCUUCGACGAGGAAAAGAAAUUCACGAGGCUCUUGGUUGUUGAUACUGCGUACCACUCCCAUCACAUGCUGCUGUGCAGUGAGCGCUACAUCCAGUCUCUCCGGACCUGUGGUGUCCAGAUCAACUACAACCGCAACUCGUCUUGCACUUGGUACUCCAGCGUUAAGCAUGGCGAGCCAAUGCGGCCUGAAGCUUCGCUUGGUGAUCUCUACUGGAAUGACAACAUGGUGAAUACGGUUCUUUUCGCUGAUGCUGUCAAAGGCGCAGCCAAGGGAAGUCAGCUGAACCUCGCAAUCGAAGUUGGGCCCCAUCCAGCACUCAAAGGCCCUGCCCUACAAACCCUCUCCGACUUCGAGAUGUCCCUUCCUUACACCGGUGUUUUGAAGCGGAAGGGCAAUGAUUUGGAGGCGUUCUCGGAUGCCCUAGGCUUUGUGUGGACUCAUUGUGGACCCGGUGGGGUUGACUUCCAGUUCUUCGAGGAACUGAUAUCUCCGGCUUAUAAGACUCCCUCACUGGCCAUUGGUCUCCCAGCCUAUCAAUGGGACCAUAAGAGAGUUUAUUGGUACCAGUCACGCUUGGCAAAGAAGACGCAAACUAGGGGAGAGGCUUUCCACGAGCUGCUUGGCGUUCCGUCCCCGAAUAAUACGGAUCGUGACCUUCGAUGGUCCAACUUCCUCAAGGCCAAUGAGAUCCCAUGGCUAAAUGGCCAUCAGUUGCAGGGUCAGACCGUCUUCCCAGCUGCAGGGUAUGUGGCAAUGGCAUUGGAAGCGGGCCUCAAGCUCGCGCAAGGCAGGAGUGUCAAAGUACUCCAAAUCGACGACCUAACUAUCGACAAGGCUGUAACCUUCGAUGAUGGAGCAAAUUUUGCAGUGGAGACACUUGUCGCCCUUACUGGCGUUACCCAAGGCCAAUCUCUCACGAAGAAACAAACAGCCGACUUUGCUGUUUACUCGUGUGCGAACACAGGGUCGUCAACCGAGUUGAGCGUGGUAUCGAGAGGAAAGGUCACGAUAAUUUAUGGAACCCCAUCGUUUUCUACGCUUCAUUCCUCACCACACAAUCAACAAAACAUGGUUGAUAUUGAAGCUGAGCAGUUCUAUUCCUCGCUUCACGAACUCGGCUACGGCUACAAUGGCCCAUUCAAAACUUUGUCCUCAACCAAGAGAACCCUCAAUCAGGCUUCGGCCAAAGUGGAGACAUACGGCUAUGGUGAAGAUGAGAACACUCUCAUUGUUCACCCCACAAUGCUGGAUGUGGCAUUCCAGGCAUCCUUCCUUGCCCGAAUGAGCCCAGGAGACGAUCAACUGUGGUCACUGCAUGUGCCCACUUCCAUCAAGUCUAUUCGCGUGAACCCAGAGCUCUGCGCCUCGCUACCUAGCUCAUCAACGAGUCUGUCGCUUUCUGCGGUUCUUCACGAAUCUGAUUCACUCUCCAUGCUAAGCAGCGUCGAUGUCUUCACGGAAGACGGCCAAGAGACGAUGAUUCAGGUAGAGGGCUUGUCGAUGAAGCCUUUCUCUCCUGCAACACCUGAUGAUGACCGCUCUAUGUUUUCAACAACCGUGUAUGGCCUUAUGUCCCCUGACCUGGCUAUGGCUGUGGGUAACGGCCGUACUCCCUCUGAAGGCCUCGCAUCCUCUCAAUGCAACGACGCUCUGGCUCAUGUCGCACAACAGAUUGUGCACCGGUACCCGCAUGCAAAGAUCCUUGAAAUAGGUGCAGGGGAGGGACAUUCUACGAGGGCAGUUUUGGAAUCGAUUGGCAGCAAGCUAUCGUCCUACACUUUCACCGAUUCGUCGACGGAGGUAAUCAAAAAGGCGGCGGAGUCUUUCAAAGAGUUCAAGGAGAAGCUUCUUCUCAAGACAUUUGAUCCUCUUGACAAAGCGUCCUCCCAGGGUCUCGACGAGCAUUCUUAUGAUCUGGUCAUUGCAUCCAAUGCCUUGACAAGCAACUCGGUCUCACACACUGAGCUAGAAAACAUUCGACUUCUCUUGAAGCCGGGAGGUUAUUUCUUAGCUUCUGGGCUGUCUGGUGAUGCCCCUACCAGGACUCUGGGAGGAGGGACUGUCGAGGGCAACGACACCCGCAAGCACGGUCCUGUGAAUACUGCGCAGUGGCAUGGAGCUCUUCGAAAGUCUGGAUUCUCGGGUAUUGAUUCCAUAACACCGCAAACCAACGGAAUGACAUCGCCAUAUUCUGCCAUCGUGACCCAGGCCGUUGAUAAACGAAUCAAUUUCUUACGGAAGCCGCUAUCGAUGCCCUCGUUUGUCCCAUUGGAUGAGCUCGUUAUUCUUGGCAAUCAAUCACUGAAGGCAGCUCAGCUCACCGAAGAAAUCUAUGAUCACCUUAUUCAGUUCUGUGGCAAGAUCACUGUACUAGAUGGCCUUCCAACUGACGAUGACGAUAUCUCCUCAAUGGCCACGUUCAUCAACAUAGCCGAUAUUGGCGAGCCUAUCUUCCGCGAUAUCUCCGCAGAGAAAUUCGAAGGCCUGAAGUGUCUCUUCGAGCUUGCGAGUAACAUUCUCUGGGUCACUGAAGGUGCUCGAGCAGAUGAACCAUACCAUAAUGCUAGCAUUGGAUUUGGUCGUUCAAUCGCAUACGAGAUGCCACACCUGUCUCUACAGUUCCUUGAUCUAAAUGACACCGGGAGCACAGCCUCCCGAACUAUCAGCGAAGCUGUUCUGAGGCUUGUUGCUCUCAGAGAAUGGGAAGACACCGAACAUAACUUCAAAGACAAGACACUCUGGUCAAGAGAGCCCGAGAUAUAUGUGGAGAAAGAACGCCUAAUGGUGCCGCGUCUACUUCAGGUGGAUGAUCAAAAUGACAGGAUCAACUCGUUGAGACGAGUAGUAACCAAAAUGGUAGACCCAGGUAACUCCUCUGUUCUCAUCUCCAAGGCUGUCGAUGGACUCUUUGUGCUGCGAGAGGAGCCGAUCCGUCAAUCUGGUCAGAAUUCUGUCCAGAUUAAGCACUCUGUUUUAUCUGCCAUCAAUGUCGCUCCUGAGGCUUUCUUGUUCCUCGGCGCUGGUCUCAGCCAAAUCACUGGCGAGGUGGUAAUCACGCUUUCAGACACGAACGCGUCUAUUUCCACUCCAUUGGCCCAGGUGUCCGCACAGUGGCAUACAGGUGGACUUUCUACGCUGGUCUCCACUGUUGCUAAGCAACUCCUAUCCCGGGCACUGCUUUCUAUGGUGACUGCUCACAGUUAUUUGCUCGUCCACGGGCUUGAUGAGAACGAGUCAUUUGCCUCCAUAUUGAAACAGCAAGCAACUGUUAGAGAUAUUGACGUUAAAUUUAGUACAGCAAACCUUGCAGCAACGUCUGAAUGGAUUCAAGUAGCCCCUUGGACCUCAAGCCAUGUUACCAGACAGUUACUUCCAGCUACCACCACGCAUUUCCUUGACCUCUCCACUGAUGAUGAAAAUCAGGAUGCCGCUGUUAUGAUCCGAGAAGCUCUCCCCGUGACAUGCAGGCAUAUCAGCGCGUCUGAUUUAUUCCAUCCUGAAUCUUUCAUGCCAACAGGAAGUAGGGAAACCAUCUUGCGAGUUUUACAAGAUGCAGUCAGUGAGGCGAAGAUGGCUGCAUCGGGUGAGAUCCCAAGGGCCAGUAUCCGCCCUACCGAGUUGAUUGAUGCCUCUGUGCCCAAGUCUCCGGUCAGUAUUGUUGACUGGACAGUGGAUAGAGAGGUUCCUGUCCAGGUACAGCCUAUAGAUGCCACUAGGCUCUUCUCUCGGAAUAAGACAUACGUUUUGGUUGGUCUUUCGGGGCGGCUGGGUCAGUCGAUCUCUCAGUGGAUGUCCCGAAAUGGAGCUGGCUGUAUUUGCCUUACCAGUCGUACCCCCAAGACAGAUCCGGAAUGGCAGGCUGAAAUGGAGAAGAAGGGCACCACUGUCAAGUUCAUUUCCAUGGAUGUCACAAACAAGGAUGAUGUUGAAAGGGUUUUCACGGACCUCAGAGCCAACUCUCCACCAAUUGCUGGCGUUGCAAGCGGUGCAGCCGUCUUCCAUGAUGCCACGUUCUCAGAAAUGACGCACGAAAUCUUGGAGAAGGUGAUGAACCCGAAAGUCGUCGGAACUAAAAAUCUUGACGAAGUGCUCGGUGAUGCUAAACUAGACUUUUUCAUCGUUUUCUCAUCCCUUACAUCAGUUGUUGGCAAUAGUGGACAGUCCAAUUAUACGGCUGCAAAUGCCUACAUGACUGGCCUCGUGGGCCAGCGGCGUAAACGUGGUCUAGCAGCCACUUCUCUGGACAUCGGCUCCAUCGUUGGUAUCGGAUACCUAGAGCGUGCUAGUGAUACUGCCAGAGAGCAAUUAAUUCGAAAUGGAUUCAUGGCUGUCUCUGAAACGGAUUUACAUCAACUCCUUGCGGAGGCCAUUCGAGCUGGCGCGACAAAUUCAGGUGCAAGCCCGAUAGUGACUACCGGUUGCCGGAAUGUCCAAGAGGGCGAGGAGUUCCCUGUGCCGUGGAUUGACGAUCCCCGCAUGCAGCACAAAGUCAUCCUAGGAGAGCAUUCUUCAAAGGCCGAUGUUGCCGGCAAAAAGAGCACCCUUCCCGUUCGUGACCAGCUCGCUGUAUCGAAAAGUACUGCAAACGCGCUUGAAAUCUUGAAAGAGUGCUUCGCAGCCAAAUUGGCAAUGAUUUCGCGACUUGCCGAUGGGCAGGUCGGUCACGACAUACCCCUUGUGGAGCUUGGUAUCGACUCAUUAGUCGCUGUUGAGGUGCGCGGGUGGUUCUUAAAGGAGCUCAAGACAGACAUUCCGGUACUGAAGGUUCUUGGAGGUGGCACUGUUGCAACCUUGUGUCAACAGGCCUUGGAAAAGCUACCGGAAGGCCUUCUCCCCAACAUGGAAGCUGGAGGCCCAUCUAAGACAGGAUCAUCUAAGCCCACAGCAAAGCCUUCAAUUGCGAAACCCAGGUCUCCACCCCCACCGGCUGUCUCUGAGACGGGUUCACCGGGUAGAUGGAGCGAAAACAACACGACUUCUCCGCAAUCAGCAUUGUCAAGUGAUCAGUCGCCUUCCAGCACCCCAGCAACUGUCCUGUCCAAUGUUCCCUCCAAUGUUGACUUGACAACGGUUGCAAAAUCAGAGAAGGCUUUAACUCCUUCCUCUGAAUUUGUCAAGACUGAACUGGUAUCUUUCCAGCAGUCACGAUUCUGGUUCCUAGGGCUCUUGAUGGACGACCAGGCGACAUUUAACGUCACCUUUUACCUCCGCAUCACUGGAAACUUGCGUACUGGAGAUCUAGAGCGCGCCGUUCGCAUAGUCACCAACAGGCACGAGUCGUUGCGCACAUGCUUCGUGGCUCACGAGAAGGAGGCAGACUUAGCCUAUCAAAAGGUUUUGCCCAACUCACUCGUCCGGCUGAAGAGGAAGAACAUCAAUAGGGUUGAGGAUGUUGACAUCGAAUAUGCUGCCAUGAAGCAAGUUCCGUUCGAUCUUGCCAGUGGCAACUUGUUCCGACUAGUUUUGCUCACUCUUUCCCCCUCAGAGCACUAUCUUCUUUUCAACUAUCACCACAUCCUGAUGGAUGGGGUCAGCUUGCAGAACUUCCUUGCUGACCUUGAGAAGGCUUAUCAGAGACAGCCCCUUGGUCCACCUCCCUGUCAGGUUCCCGAAUUCUCACGUAUUCAGCGAGCUGCGUUCGAGAGCGGCAUUUUCAACGAAGACAUUGCAUACUGGAAGAAUGAGUUCCCUAACGGACACCCCGUGCUACCGCUCUUGCCUAUGUCGCACAUGACCUCGCGCAUGCCGCUUAAUUCAUUCAAUGUCCAUCAAGUCGAGUGCCGAGUGGAUUCCGAGCUGAUGGCUAAAGUUCGGGAUGCAGCCAGGGCCAAUGGCUGCACGACCUUCCACUUCUAUCUUGCCACAUUCAAGGCCAUGCUAUUCCGCUUCUCUGAUGCUGGCGACUUAACAAUCGGUAUCGCUGACGCCAACAGAAUCAAUCCCGAUGUUGAAGGCACCAUUGGCCUCCUGUUGAACCUCCUCACGCUACGCUUCCAACGCAACUCCAGCCAGACAUUUGCUCAGAGUGUUGGGGAGGCCCGUGGAAAGGCGCUGGAAGCCCUGAAACACUCCAAUGUACCCUUCGAUAUUUUGCUCAAGGAAUUGAACGUGCCUCGGUCCUCGGCAUACAGUCCAUUCUUCCAGGCGUUCUUUGAUUAUCGCCAAGGUCAUCAAGAAAAGCUGUCUUUUGGCAGUACUGAGUUUGAGUUUUUGCAGGUUCAUCCUGGACGCACCGCAUACGACAUGACUCUUGACGUAACAGAUGGUGCAGAUAGUGCGCGCAUCCUGUUCCGUACUCAAGCCAGCCUUUACGACAAGACGGCCGCGCAGCUGCUGCUGAAUACGUUUGUCCACCUCUUGGAUACAUUCGCGACAAAUACCUCCUUGAAAUUGGAAGAUUUUGCGUUAUUCAGCGACAAGGAGUUGAAACUCGCACUUAAUGUGGGACAUGGUCCCAAUUUCGAAUCUUCCUGGCCUGGUGGUACAAUUCCUCAUCGGAUUGAUCAGAUUGCCAAAGAGAAUUAUGAUAAAGUUGCUUUGAAAGACGGCCACAGCACAAUUCUCACAUACGGUGCCAUGAUCGAUCGCAUCGAAGCCAUUGCUGCAGCCUUACAACAGGUUGGUGUUGGCGAGAGCUCUCGGGUGCUCGUUUUUGAGGAUGCGACCGUUGACUGGCCCUGUUCGAUGCUCGCUAUCAUGCGUCUUGGAGCUGUGUAUGUUCCAUUGGAUCUUCGGAACCCGCUGCCCCGCCUUGCAGAUGUUGCAGGGAGCUGCAAGCCGGCUGCUAUCCUUGUCGACUCCACAACUGUUGACAAUAUCGCACAAGUGAAUGUCACAUUGGCAGAAGUCGUGAAUGUAUCUGAUGUUGGCGCGCAGUCGAUCAAGGUACCUAAUGUGUCUCGCAGCGAUGCUGUUGCCGCACUGCUAUACACGAGCGGGUCGACAGGCAAGCCCAAAGGUAUUGUCGUGACGCACUCGGGUCUCCGCAAUGAGAUUGAGGGUUACACAUGGAAGUGGGGUCUGAAAGCUGAACGGGUGCUCCAGCAAAGUGCUUUCACCUUCAACCACUCAUCAGAUCAGAUCUACACGGGCCUAGUCAAUGGAGGCUCUGUAUACAUCGUGCCUUGGGACAAGCGUGGGGACCCCAUUGAGGUAACCAAGAUCAUCAAAGAGGAGAAUAUUACCUACACAAAGGCCACUCCUGCCGAAUAUUCACUCUGGCUCGAUUACGGAAGCGACAAUCUCAAGCAAGCCUCUACCUGGUGCUUCGCAUUUGGAGGUGGCGAGUCUCUAACUGGAACACUUACGCGGAGCCUCGCAACCCUGCAGCUGCCCAAUCUACGUUUCUUCAACUCUUACGGACCAACCGAGAUCUCUAUUUCGUCGACCAAGAUGGAAGUCGCGUAUCGCGAGCCUCCCCCGGAUGGCCGUAUUCCCUGUGGCUUCAUGCUCCCCAACUACGCGGCGUAUAUUCUAGACGACCAGCGCAAACCGUUACCCGUCGGCAUGCCGGGUGAAUUGUAUAUCGGUGGCGCGGGUGUAUCCCUAGGCUACCUAGACAACAAGGAGCUCACAGAACAACACUUCCUGCACAAUCCAUAUGCUAUACCAGAGUAUGUUGCACAAGGUUGGACACGGAUGUAUCGCACAGGUGAUAUCGCACACCUUCAAGAUGAUGGGGCAAUGGUGUUCCAUAACCGUAUUGCGGGUGACACGCAGGUGAAGAUACGUGGUCUGCGAAUCGAACUCGGUGACAUUGAAAGCAAUAUCACCAAAGCAGCCGGUGGUGUCCUGAAGGAAGUCGCUGUUACAUUACGCGAUGGAGACCCGCCUAUCCUAGUAGCACAUGUUGUGUUUACUCCUCGCCAUCAUAUUGUCGACACGGAAGCGUUCCUGGUUCAGCUUCUGAAGAACCUAGAUGUGCCGCAGUAUAUGGUUCCCGUCAUGGCGAUCCCCUUGGACCGUAUGCCGUUGAGCAAUCACUCCAAGACGGACCGCAAGGCACUCAAGGAGCUCCCGUUGCCGCAGAGAUCCAACAAUGCUACUGAUGGUAACACGGAGUCAUUGACAGAGACUAUGCUGGAGCUUCGACGCCUCUGGGUAGAUGUGCUCAAUACUGGGGAGCUAGGUCUUGACAUUGGCCCUUCGACAAGCUUUUUCACGGUCGGUGGCAACUCUCUGCUCAUUGUACGGCUCCAAUCCCGCAUUCGGCAGACAUUCAAUGUCACAGUGCGGCUCUUUGACCUCAUUGAUGCCAGUACUUUGAGUGACAUGACGCAAAAGAUUGAGGAGAGCUUGAGCGUUGACCUGAUAGAUUGGGAUAAGGAGACGGCCUUGCUCAGCGACUUCACUGUGUUGGAGGCCACCAAACACCAACCCCUCAAGACAUCUGACAAGGUAAUCCUCAUUACCGGCUCUGGGGGCUUCUUAGGCAAACACAUUCUGGCCGAGCUUAUUGCCCGACCGGAUGUAUCCAAGAUUCACUGCAUUGGUCUCCGCGACAAGCCAGGUAACACGCCACGCCGUCUAGCCUUGAACUCGACCAAGAUCAUCACCCAUGGCGGCGAUCUAACCGAGCCGUGGCUUGGUCUUGGCGAGGAGACAUUUGCAUCCCUUGCUCUGGAGGUGGAUGCGAUAUUGCACAUGGCUGCGACGCGAUCCUUCUGGGACAAUUACAGCCUCCUCCGUCCCAUCAACGUGACGCCCACGAAACUCUUGGUCCAAAUGGCCGCUGGGCGCCAGAUACCAAUACACUAUGUCUCCAGUGCAGGCGUUGUCUCUGCGGAAGGCGUCGAAAUCCCUGCAGGGUCAGCGGCGAAGUGUCCACCACGUGCCGAUGGGUCUAAUGGCUACGUUGCGUCGCGGUGGGCGUGCGAGCAGAUCCUUGAGCAUGCUGUCUCGGUUCUCAACGUGCCUGUCUCAAUUCAUCGUUUUGUUCCGGCCAGAGAGCCUGCCAAUGAAACGGUUGUUGUAGACGCGCUGCAGCAUUUUGUUGGCUUCGUUGAUGAGCUGUCCAUCAUGCCCGAAUUCAAUGGUACUACAGGCCAUUUCGAGAUGACUCCCGUACAUUCAGCUGCUAGUCAGCUUGCGGAAAAUCUUGUGAAGACCCCGACGCAAGAAUCGUCGCUGUUGGAAUUUUUGCAUCACGACUGCCCCAUUCGCAUUGACAUUGCUGAAAUGGUUGCCUUCUUGGAGGAGCAGAGAGGGGGCAAGGGUUUAGAGAGGAUCCCGGGGCUCAAGUUCGUGGGAGACAUGAAGCGAGCGGGAUUGGCCUAUUUUGUGACGUCGCAGACACUUCUCAUGGGCGGAACAAAUGGGACAAGUGUAGUGUUGGAGUCGAGGCGAUAA